AUGUCACCAGAACUACAAGCAUUGAAUCAAGAUCAAAAACCUGAGGUUCCCGCACUUCGUAUAGUUCCACAUAUUGAAGGCUCUCGUUCUUUGCAUUUUGAAAUUAUCGAAAGAGAAGUCCCUGAAGGGGUUGCAAUUAAAAUAGGACGUUUUACUGACAAAGCACAAGUUCCAAAUAGAGUAACCUUUAAAAGCAAGGUGGUAUCAAGAGGUCACGCUGAAAUUUGGCAUAGCGAAGGAAAGUUUUACAUAAAAGAUACCAGAUCCUCUUCAGGAACUUUUCUUAAUCAUGUAAGAUUGUCAACACCAAAUUCAGAAAGUAGACCGUUCCUAUUAAAAGAUGGGGAUGUUGUACAACUUGGAAUGAGAAUAGAAUUAAAUCGGUCAUGGCAAAGACCAAUUAAUCAAUUUAGUUUAAAUACUUUGAAACAAUUUAAACAAAUUACUCAAAUGAGUAAUUCCGAAGGGAUAAAAAACCCACCAACCACUGAUUGUUGUAUUUGUUUAAGUGGAAUUGGACCUUGUCAAGCGUUAUUUCUUGCGCCAUGUUCGCACGUUUUUCAUUACAAAUGUAUACGGCCAAUUCUAUUUUCUCAUCAUUCAGGAUUCUUGUGUCCUUUAUGUCGAAGUUUUGCCGACCUUGAGGCACCUAUAGACAAUAGUGUGGAUUGGGAGCAAGUUGGUGGUAGUGCUAAGUGGGAUAAUUUGCUUGCAGAAGAAGAACCAAUGGAAGAAGAAUCUUUUAUUGGCGAUAAUACAAACGGCAACAAUGAUAAUAUACGAAUGAAUGAUUUGAAUAUGGUCGGUCAUAAAUAG